AUGGCCGAAACCAAGACUGUCGGCCAGCCCACUCUGGUCUUUGUCGAUGGAUCUUUCGAGGACCUCGCUGCCGAGAUGGCCGACUACCUUAAGGCUGAGGAUGCCAAGCAGCUUCUGAGCCAGGAGAAGCCCCCUUCUCAAGAGGAGGUCAUUUCCAAACUAGUCUCGGCCUCUGGAGCCCUCAACACUGUCCCCGAGAAGGAGUAUACCGCCGCUUCUAACCUCAUGACCCAUCUUGUCCUGAUGUCCUCCGACCCCAAGAAGUUCUUGCCAACUCUCUGCACUACUUUUGCCAAGCCUCUCCUCAACUCUCCCGUCCAUGGCGCCGGCCUGUCACUCAACGCCCUGACCACUGUCUUUAACCUGCUCGACCCCGCCGACCCCGUCCGCGCCCGCGUCUUCAUGGAAAUCCUCAAGUUCCUGAGAGCCCACGGCAUGUUUGAGAGUCUGCGCACAUAUCUCGAUAAGCUACCCGAAUGGCUUGCUACCUGGGGCACCGACGCCGAUUUCCAGCGAAAGAUUUAUGAGGAGGUCGCCGAGGUUGCCAUUGAGGCUGGCGAGGAGCAACAAGCCUACGAGUACGUCGUCAAGGCUCUCCGAACAUUCGACGGCGAUGCCAUUUCCUCCGAGGAGGCCCAGCGACUAUCUCUUCGUGCCGUCAAGAAGGCACUCACUUCCAAUAACCACUUCCUGUUUCAAGACCUGCGGGGAAUUCCAAGCGUCCAGGCCCUAAGCGACUCACACCCUGUCUACUCGCAACUCCUCGAUAUCUUUGCUGAGCAGGACCUGGAGGAUUACAACGACUUCAACGACGAGCACCAGGGUUGGGCUGAGAAGGAGAAGCUCGACCACGAGAAGCUUCACCGCAAGAUGCGCCUCCUGACUUUCUCCAGCUUGGCUGCCUCCACCCCUAGCCGCGAGAUCGAGUACUCCAAGAUUACCAAGGCUCUCCAGAUUCCCGAGACCGAGAUUGAGAUGUGGGCCAUUGACGUGAUCCGUGCCGGACUUGUUGAAGGCAAGCUUUCCCAGCAACGCCAGAAAUUCCUUGUUCACAAGGUUACAUACCGCGUCUUUGGCCAGAAGCAGUACCAGGAGCUGGCCAACCGGGUUGACCACUGGAGGGCAACCCUGCAGAACGUUCUGGGCGUUUUGCGCCAGGAGCAAGCCAACGCCAAGGCACAGAAGGAGCGCGAGAUCCAAGAGUUGGAGCGCAAGGUCGCCAACGCCGGCGUUAGCGGAAACCAAGAUGGUGGUAGACGCCGACAGAACCAAAACCGGGAGCCUCGCGAACCUCGAGAGCCCCGUGAACCCCGCGAACCUAGGGAGCCCCGGGAGAGGACAGAAGAUGACGACUAG